CCACUGGAAUGGAUGCUUAAAUGUCAUACAGGACCAAAUGAAUUAUAUGUACAGGUAGGGGAUGGCGGACAGGAUCAUGGUUUCUGGGGAAGACCGGAAGACAUGACUAUGUCAAGACCAGCAUAUAAAAUCACAGCCAGCAGACCCGGAAGUGACAUCGCUGCAGAAUACGCAGCCGCGUUUGCUGUGUCUUACCUGGUUUUCAAAGAAAAGGACCCAGAAUUUGCUACUAAAUUGUUGACUCAUGCUAAACAGCUAUAUGACUUUGCGGUUCACCAUAAAGCUAGAUACAGCGACAGUGUAAAUCAGGCAGCCGCUUAUUACAGAUCAGAUAAAUAUGAAGAUGAGUUAACAUGGGGUGCCGCCUGGUUGUAUCGAGUUACAAAUGACACUAAGUACCUAAGCUGGGCUGAACAGUUUUAUAUCACAGGACCGGAUUGGGGACAGUCUUGGGACGACAAAUAUUCCGGAAAUAUGAUCCUUCUCUAUAAUAUGACUGGAAAAGACAUUUACAAGAACGACAUCGAGGCAACAUUUAACGAUUGGAUGCCGGGCGGCAGUAUCCCGUACAGUCCUAAGGGAAUGGCCUUCCGGUCCCAAUGGGGUGCACUCAGAUACGCUUCAAACAUGGCUUUCAUGGCCUUGUUAGCUGCGGAUGUUGGAAUUCACCCAGAUGAAUACCGUCAUUGGGCGAGGACACAGAUAGGAUAUGCCCUCGGUGACAGUGGCCGGAGUUUUGUUGUUGGGUUUGGAACUAACCCUCCUAAAAGACCACAUCAUAGGUCUAGUUCCUGUCCGAGUCGCCCAUCUCCAUGUUCCUUCGCUGACCAACAGCAGCCUGGUCCUAACCCCCACACUUUGUACGGGGCCCUGGUGGGCGGGCCUAACGGGAACGACCAGUAUACAGACGACAGGAAGGAUUACGUCAGUAACGAAGUCGCGUGUGAUUACAAUGCAGGUUUCCAGAGCGCAGUGGCAGGACUGAAGCAUCUGAAGUUAUAG